AUGGCUAUAGCAGCCAUUUACGGUGACUGGGAAGACUCAUUUGCUGAACUCCCUCAAUACCUGGAAGCUAUUAAAGAAAGGAAUCCGGGUACUCAAACCUAUAUCAUAACAAAGGAGACAGGCAGGCCGGGACAUGUUAUAUUUGAUGCUGUGUUUUGGGCUUUUAGACCUGCCAUUGAAGGAUUCAAGCAUUGUCGCCUAGUAAUUAGUGUUGAUGGUACUUUUUUGACAGAAAAAUACAAGGGAACGUUGCUUGUUGCUAUAGGCACUCAGGUCUUCUUUCAUAUCUCAAAGGUGCUCCACAAUGGAGACCUCCGGUGGCACACCACAGAUACUGCGCCCCGCCACUUGGGGGUAAACUACACACGGAGGUACAAUAAAACUGUAGGCGACCAAGUAAAACUAGCAGCCUGUGAAAUACAAGUUCGAAAGUUUGAGAUUGAGCUGCAAAAACUUCAAAGGUUUUCUAACGGUGCAGUAAAUAAGGAUCUUGAAGAGCUACCCCUACGUAAGUGGUCCUAUGCACAUGAUGAGGGUAGGCGAUACGGAUCGCGUACUACAAACCUAUCUGAGAGCUUUAAUGGAGUCCUCAAGGAAGCCAGACACCUCCCUAUAGUGGCCACAAUUAGGACGACAUUCUAUAAGUGUGUUACGUAUUUCAACAACUAUGUCGUCAAAGCAAGGGAGGGGAUCGAAUCAGGUAAAACAUUUAGCAAAUUCGCAAUGGAAAAGUACGAUGAAUGGAGGAUGAGAGCAAGAAGGCACGAAGUGAUUGAGUUUGAAAGAGAGACGAGAAUCUACGAGGUGCGAACUUCAAUGAAUCCAACUAGCCCAUAUAAAGGAAAUCACAGGCACACAGUACACUAUUUGAGCAGACAUGUACUUGCAACAAGAUGCAACAAUGGAGGAUGCCGUGCUCGCAUGUGA